GUUCACACGCUCGUCUGUUUGCGACAUUAAGAGGGCGGUAUGAGAUUUUCCGACUGACCGGCAGCAGCCACCACCACGACGAGACCUCGAGGCAGCAAGUCGAAGGCCGGAGGGAGGGGCCAGAGCAAUGGAUGGGACGAUUUUUUCUGCUGUGCCCCAGGAUUCCAACACUUCGCGCUACUCGCGUGCCAGAAAAGGUGCAGUGCUGGCAUGAGAACGAGUUGUUAAAUGCUGAAGCAAGUGCUUGAUCAUCGAGCACAGCAGGUGUUUGGAAGGCACUUGGCGAGAUAACGAGGCUUCUCUCAAAAAGCCAACGGUUAUUUUUUUGGUAUAUGCAGAGUGAGGCCUCGGCAUUUUCAAGCAUGAUUUCCCUUCCAGAGGAUUAUAGGCAGUAGAAUAUCAUCAAAACCGAAGAAGUCAACUGAAAGGAAGGAAGACAUGGCCGCUCAUUAUGCCAUAAGUGCCUCAGAAGAUGAUGGUGUAAUAAGGCAGCGGCUCUUGACAAGGACAACCACCACCAGAGGAGAGCCACCUUUGAAAAAGCUUUUGAAAAAGUUUCUUGCAUUCGCAGGCGAAGUUGAUAAAGAUUCUGACAAUUAUGCAGAUUGUGAGAAGUUGUACAAAUCAUUCUUGCAAGAGUUGGGUACAUUUGAGCUCCCUCUUAUCAAGACUAAGGCUGUGGUUGAUGCCAACAAGCGAGAACAAGAAAGCUUCAAGAGGCUUCAAGCAGAACUGAGCAAACAAAUCAACCAGGCACAAGAUGAUAUUGAGGACUUGAAACUUCAACUCGAGGAAGGAAAAAUCGAAAGGCAACACAAGGAGGAAUGUGAAGCCAUCAGAAGACUGAUUGGUGCCCAACCGCCUCGCUCAGAAACUCAGAAGGCUUUGAAUGAACUAGAGAAAGAGUUAGUUAUACUGGAGGCUGAAAAUACCGCCGCUGCGAGGACUCUGGAAAUCAGAAAGAAACAGUUUGCUCUUCUUUUGCACGUGGUCGAUGACCUUCAGAGCACUAUCGAGGAUGAGCAGAAGAAUCCCUUGGAUCUUGAUCUUGUCCCCUCAACAUCAGGUGUCCCCAGUAGUGUAGAUGCUGGAACGACGGCAGAGCCAAUGGCCGUCGACCCAGUUUGAUUUACAUGUCACUUGGCUUUGUAUGGUGGGGAAACACAAACCUACGGGUGAAACUACUUCAGUUCGUCUUUCCGAUAAUGGGAAGAGGAUAUCAAUGGACGAGAAUCAAUUGCUGGGCUGUAGGGUAUGAACAACGGGCCCAUGUGUGCAUGACUUGGUGGUGAAGUCCGGAGAUUCGUUGCAGGCAUUCUCUAGAAGUCAAAAUUACCGUAGAUAAUGUAAACCUUGUCUUCUUGACAGCAGAUAGUUGCAGAGACUUGAAGUUCUUUCCCUUGGAUAGAAAAGGGUGGCAAGAGUCUUAUGCGAUAGAGGGUGAUUCUGUGUCCGUCAUCAGAAGUCCAGCGAACAUGUACAAUGGAUAGGAGAGCUUGACAGCAACUUGUAAUUAACUCUUCGUAAGGGUCAGUCGCAUCGGCAUUCAUAGGAACCGAGACUAAUGUCAACUUCCCUCAAUUCUUAAUACACUUCGGUCUGGUUGAAGGGAA